UUUUCUCAAACAUUCAGUUUGUCAGCAACUACUAAAGAACUCUGUUCAUCCAGAUUACACAGGCGGAUAUCUUAACAAGAUACGUUCAACCCAAAUUAUCAUGAAGAUGAUCCUUUAUGUCUUUGUUUACAUCAUACUAAUUUUAAUCUUUAGUCCAGGACUCUCAGUAAGCAUGUGCACUUUAAAGGUCACGCAGCCUCAAGAGAUUCUUCAUGGGCGAUUCAACCAGUCAGUCUACAUCCCAUGUCAUGUGAACAUGUCUUGCCAUCUCAAAAUUGCUGAAGAAGUGCAAUGGUAUGUGUUCACGACAAAGUCCUAUCAUCAGCUGGAUAUAAACAAUCACCCAAUGAGGUAUAGAUUGGAAGGCAGAGGCCUACACAUCAGCUUGCUCUCACACAACGAUGACGGUGUGUAUUACUGCGCUGCAUCUUAUAAAGAUUUAGCAAACAGUGGCGCACAGGAUAUUGGGUCUGGCACCACACUGACAGUGAAAGAUAAUGAUUAUAGCACUGGGCAAGUUCUGCUACUCACACUGGUGGUCUUACUGUCCCUCUAUAGUUUAAUAAUCCUGACUCUCUUCAUCUGUGUGAAGACUGGACGAAUCAAACUGUUAAAAGGAAGACAAAGCCAAAGCCAGGGCAAGGGUGACUCAACUAGGAGAGUCCACUUCGGGGCUGUGGUGCAAGAACUUUACAGCAAGAGGAACUUGCGCAGAAACAAGAAAAAUUCGUCCACUGAAGUUGCACAGGAAAACAAGGUUGAAAAUCCACGGCCCAACAAGAGGAGAGAAGACAUAUACCAAAACCUGAAAAGGGCUCGAUAAAACAUCAGCUGAAAGCAUGUCAAGCUGUUUAGUACACAAAGAACAAAAAGAGUGACACAGAAGUGACAGAAAGAGGAACUUGGGAACCAGCUCUUGCUCCUUUGUCCUAAUCUAUACUAUAAUAAGCCAAACUGAGAAAAAGAAAAGUGAAACUGGAACUUCUACUAUUGCCACAGACUCUUCUUUGUUACGGUGAUGAGGGACACUAUCUCUGUUUCACAUCUCCAUGUAGUGCUUUAUUGCCUCUUUUCAAUAUAUUCAGUUAUUUGUUCUCAGUGAUACUAGUUCUUACUUAUGUUUAGUACAAUAAUGCAUUUGUCAUUUUUGUGCUUAUUUUUUACAUUUUUGUAUAGCUGCUUUAAGAUAAUGUUAAUGUUAAAAGUGCUAAACAAAUAAAAUUGAAUUGAACUUAAGUAACUACUACAUUUACAGCUAACUUUACUGCAAUUUUUUAUUUAUUUAUUUUAAUUAGGCAACAGAUUGUGUGUGGCUGCCUGGGAAAACCCAUCACAUUGUGAAGUUUUGACAUUUUCAAGGAAAUUUAUUUCCAGGAAAUGCAAUCUUUCUUAUACUGAAAUUUCCCAUUUUCAUGUAUCUCAAGCAGAAGUAAAGUUCUGGUGUCUUCAAAAGUGAAAAGACAGGAAAUUGCAUUUAAAGAUCAUGGGCAUGUUAACAUCUGGUAUCUGAGGACAAGAUGUACAUUUUGUUAUGGCACAUAUCUAUUAGACAAACUGAAAUUAUGUGAGAAAAUCUCAUUUUUUUUGACAUCUUUAGGCAGACUGAUCACAUUUAUUGCUGUGUCUUUUAGACUGGCUCCUUACCCCACCCAGUCGAUUCAGACUGACAGCCAAGGUAAAAUGGUUAGCAUGGUAAGAAAUACAUUUUUAAAAAAUACUUUUCAUUAUGAUAAUGAAUAUUUAAGCUUUUUAGGGGCAAAGGUUAUUUACAGCUGCCACACGUCCAGGUUUGUUGUGGCCUGUUUGUACCAGUGCUUCUAGUUCCCUCUUUUAAAUAAUACUUCUGACAUGGAUGAUAUUAGUGGUUUCAUUCUAGCCGCAGCCUGUGAUUGCUGAAUGUGUGAUUGCUGAACAGAGUAAUAAAAGCCAUGGGCUUAUUUUAAACAGUUAUGUUAAAAAUGUUUGUUAUGGAAAUAUUCAUUAUUAAGGAGAUUUUAUGAUCCUGAAUGCACAAGCCCUGCAGAAUCAUCUUACUUUCACAUUCCUGGUGAAGAUUAUGGUAUAUUUAUAUAUUGCACUUUCCCAACAGUAAUCUUUCCCAAUCUUUUCAGUAAUCGUGUCUCAGGCACCUAUAUAAGGAAUAAAACAUGACAAGGAGUGCUGUCAUAGGAAAAUAAUCAACGACGAGGUGCACAAAGUGGAGUACCAUUACCAGCCCAAGGGUGAUUAUUUUCCAAUAACAGCACAUUCCAACAUGUUUACCUACAAGUUUUGUUUUAUUUAUAAAAGAAAAAUGUGAAAGAUUGAAACACUAGCCUUUUUUCUUUCUUUUCUUUUCUUUUUUUUUUUCAUUUUUUAAAAUAAUGUGCCCAUUUUAUGUUUCUUGUCAUGGAAUGUCCAAAACAAGUUCCUGUUACCACCUAUGUUGAAAAAAAAGCUAUAAAUAUUUGCCCCCUCAGCAGGUUCUCUUUUUAAAGACAAGUUAAAACAAGUUGCAAUAUCUUUGCUUAUCCAAAACUGGAAAGCUGACACUAUUGUCAGAGCUGCACUUUUUGUUUUUCAGAUUUGAGAUUUCAUUCACUGGCACCUAAUAUAAGACUUCUUCUUUACAUAAUUGUUGCCCUUUUCUGUUAUUAAGUGUACUAUAACCCUUAACAGUUAGCGUUUCUAUGGCAUGAGUUCCAAACAAUGUUUUUUCUGCACACUAGCCACAGAAAAACUCAUACAAGCAACUGUGGUGAGAGUACAAGGUCCAGGGUAUGCAUCACCUGAGGGCAUAUUAACUUUAACCACAUCAUAUCUAUUGUGUUUAGUUUGGUGGUAUGAAGUAACAGCUUGUGAAAAAUCACUGGUGAUGAAAUAAUUUGAUUUUCGAAAUGACUAAUAAAUUUUAAGAAUCUUUGGAAAUAAUAUAGCCUAUUAUAUAAAUGCCUUCCUUCCUUGUUUUGACCAGUUGAACACCAUUAUUACUGACACAACCCUGUUAAGAAAUGGAGGUAUCAGUCUGACCAGCCAGACUGACCAGCUGCCAAAACACCUGAGCUGAACAUGCUGGUAGCCAUCUUUUUGAGCAGCUAUAAUAUUCUAGCUUCCUUAUUACUGGAACAAAUUUAUCAGUCAGUGUUUGAAAUGUUUAAAAAACAACAUUUAUCUGUGAUGGCAGUAUUAAUAUAAAGCAGUUUC